AUGGAUGGUGAUGACACCGAGUCUCACUUUCUCCCUCCCCCGCCCGGACCAACGGCCGUGGGGGGCCGAGGGUGCCGGGGAAGGCCGGAGAGCAAUCACCGGCUGGGCGGCGGGCGCCGGCGAGGGGCGAGCCCCGCUCCGGCUCACGCGCGCACACCCCUCACGGCCCGCACGCCGGCCUUCCACACCCGCGCACACUCGCGCCCGCGGGCGGCGGCAGCCGUGCCCAGGCUGCUGCAGCGCCGCCCGCCCGCCGCAGACCCUCCGCGCCCGCCGCCUAGUCACCCGGCCCGGCCGCGGACCGCCGGGGCUCGCAGAGUAUCGGCCAUCCCGGGCGGGAGCGGCGUCUCCCUACCCCGACCUCCACUGGCGCCGGGAGCUGAGCGGCAGUCAAUUGAAUUGAACUUAAAGGAAUAAAUAUGUACAGAAGCCACACUAGGAAGUAAACCGCCC